CAAAUAUAAUCAGUUUAAAUAAUCAGUUUAUAUAAAAUGGGCUUAUUUGAUUAAAAAUGAAUUGGGCCUAUCUAGUAUUUACCAAAACCCAGCCCAAAAACUUAUCAGAAAAGCUGCUUUCUUUGCUUGUGCGUCUCUGUUAAUUUGCUGAUUUCUGCAAUUUUGUUCGUCAGAUAACAAUGAGAACGAAGCGAAACCCCUAAACCCUAGAGUCCGCCGUACUAUUUUCCUCUAACAAUUCCAGAAUUUCAAUCUUCUUCGAGCCAAAUCUUAUUAUUUGAUGGAAGCUGGUCAGGUUGAAACUGGUGAUGAUAUUCAGAUGGAAGCUGAUCAGGUUGAAACUGAUGGUAUUCAAACCGAAUCUGGUGAGGCUAAAACUUGUGGUAUUCAGAUAGAAGCUGGUCUGGUUGAAACUGGUAGUAUUAAGAUAGGAUCGAAUCAGGUUGAAUCUGGUGGUAUUCAGACAGAAGCUAGUAAGGUUGAAACUUGUGGUAUUCAUAUAGAAGCUACUCAGAUCAAAACUGGUGGUAUUCAGAUAGAAGCUAUUCAGGUCGAAACUGGUCGUAUUCAGACAGAAGCUAGUCAGGUCGAAGCUGUUCGUAUUCAGACCGAAGCUAGUCAGGUUGAAGCUGGUGGUAUUCAGAUAGAAGCUAGUCAGGUUGAAACUGGUGGUAUUCAGAUAGAAGCUAGCCAGGUUGAAACUGGUAUUAUUCAGAUAGAAGCUAGUAACGUCGAAACUGGUGGUAUUCAGACAGAAGCUAUAAAGGUCGAAACUGUUCGUAUUCAGACAGAAGCUAGUCAGGUCGAAACUGGUGGUAUUCAGAUAGAAUCUAGUCAGGUCGAAACUGGUGGUAUUCAGAUAGAAUCUAGUCAGGUUGAAACUGGUCGUAUUCAGACCGAAGCUAGUCAGGUCGAAACUGGUGGUAUUCAGAUAGAAGUUAGUCAGGUCGAAACUGGUGGUAUUCAGAUAGAAGUUAGUCAGGUCGAAACUGGUGGUAUUCAGACAAAAGCUAGUCAGGUCGAAACUGGUGGUAUUCAGACAGAAGCUAGUCAGGUCGAAACUGGUCGUAUUCAGACAGAAGCUAGUCAGGUCGUAACUGGUGGUAUUCGGACAGAAGCUAGUCAGGUCGAAACUGGUGGUAUUCAGACAGAAGCUUGUCGGGUUGAGACAGAAGCUAGUCAGGUCGAAACUGGUGGUAUUCAGACAGAAGCUUGUCAGGUUGAGACAGAAGCUAGUCAGGUUGAAACUGGUGGUAUUCAGAUAGAAGCUAGUCAAGUCGAAACUGGUGGUAUUCAGACAGAAGUUGGUGUGGCUGAAAUUGGUGGUAGUGAUGAUAAAACAAUAGAGACUUCUCACGUACUUGCCAACCCUCCUGCCCGGGCAGAGCAUGUUGAUAGUCCUAAAUUCGUACGAACCGUAGUAUCAUCUGCAAAGAAGAAUACACCAAGUGUCCCAAAAUUUUGCGAUUACGAGAGUCGAUUGCGAAGGUAUUGCAACAAAGUAGGGAUCAAACCUCCAGUUUAUGAAACUAUCAUAGGUGGCCCUUCUCACAAGCCUUUCUAUAGAUCAAGUGUUACCGUGGAUAAUGUCCGAUAUGAUUCUCUACCUCGAUUUUCCAGUCGCGAGGCAGCAGAGAAGUCAGCUGCUGAAGUCGCUCUUUCGAAACUCUACAGCUCUGUUGGAAUGGAAUUUGUAAUCUCUCAACCUAUGAAUGCCCUGAUCAAAGGCUUGCUGUAUGAAUAUACAACUAGCAUGAACUAUGCCCCUCCCUUGUACGAGUGUAUUAGGAAUGAGGAAAAAGGUAAAACUCCUAUGUUUUCUUGCAUUGUUGAAAUCAGAGGCAUCAAAUAUGCCGGAGCAUCAGCAGGGACAAAGAAACACGCCGUGACUAACGCUGCUAGGACAGCUAUGUUAGCCAUCCACUCUGCCACCCCUUCGUCUGAAAAUCAAACAGAUAACUCUGCUGACUGUGUUAUUCCACCGAAGAAGGUAGUCCCUGAUCUCGGAAUCAGCACUGAGGGUCCCACGGCAGCGGCCGAACCAAAUAAAAUCCUUGUCGAGACUCAGCCGCGGAAGAGGAAGAAGAAGCGUGAUGUGAAGAUUGGUACCUCUGGUGAAGGUACAACUUGUUCGGAGGUGAACACGUUAGCCAUCCGAUCUGCAACCCCUUUGUCUGAAAGUCAAACAGACAAAGGUGUUGACACUGCUAUUACACAGAAGGAUCUUGUAAUCAGCGGUGCAGACCCCACAGCAGCGGUCAUCAAACCAAAUAAAUGCCACCUCGAGAUUCGAGAGCGGAAGAGGAAGGCACAGGUGUUGGAGAUUGGUACCUCUGGUGGUGAAGGUUCAACUUGUUUGGAGGUCAACACUGAUAGCCAGGCUAUAUCAGCCAUCGAAUCUCCUUUCCCUUCAUCUGAAAUUCAAAUGGACAAAAAUGAGGUACCUGAUCUUGGAAUCACAGCAGCGGCCAAACGAAGUAAAAGAGCACGGAAGAUGCAGAAACAGGCUGUGAAGGUUGGUAACUCGGUUGAAGGUACAACUCCCUUGGAGGUCAACAUGGAUAUUCAGGAUAUUCUACCGAAUCAAUCUGCCGCCCCUUUGUCUGAAAAUCAAACAGAUAAUAUUGCUGACAAUGUUAUUACACAGAAAAAUGAGGUACCUGAUCCUAGAAUCAGCACUGAGGGACCAGCUGCCAAAAGAGUUGACAAAUGUCGCAGGCGGAAGACGAAGUCGCAGAAACAGGCUUUGAAGAUUGGUACCUCGGUUGAAGGUACAACUCCCUUGGAGGUCAACAUGGAUAUUCAGGAUAUUCUACCGAAUCAAUCUGCCCCCCCUGUGUCUGAAAAUCAAGCAGACAAUAUUGUUGACAAUGUUACUACACAGAAAAAUGAGGUACCUGAUCCUGGAAUCAGCACUGAGGGACCAGCUGCCAAAAGAGUUGACAAACGUCGCAGGCGGAAGACGAAGUCGCAGAAACAGGCUUUGAAGAUUGGUACCUCGGUUGAAGGUACAACUCCCUUGGAGGUAGAUACAACUCCCUUGGAGGUCAACAUGGAUACUCAGGAUAUUCUAGCCACUCAAUCUGCCGCCCCUUUGUCUGAAAAUCAAACAGACAAUAUUGUUGACAAUGUUAUUACACAGAAAAAUGAGAUACCUGCUCCUGGAAUCAGCACUGAGGGACCAGCUGCCAAAAGAGUUAAAAAACGUCACAGGCAGAAGACGGAGACGCAGAAACAGGCUUUGGAGAUUGGUACCUCCGUCGAAGGUACAACUCCCUUGGAGGUCAACACGGAUAUUCAGGAUAUUCUAGCCAAUCAAUCUGCCGCCCCUUUGUCUGAAAAUCAAACAAACAAUAUUGUUGACGAUGUUAUUACACAGAAAAAUGAGGUACCUGGUCCUGGAAUCAGCACUGAGGGACCAGCUGCCAAAAGAGUUAAAAAACGUCACAGGCAGAAGACGGAGACGCAGAAACAGGCUUUGGAGAGUGGUACCUCCGUCGAAGGUACAACUAGUUCUGCAGGGCCCGCAGUGUCAGCAGCUAUCAAGCCGAUUAAGACUAGUUUCAAGAAUCAGCAGUGGAAGGAGAAUAGACAGGCUUUUAAUAGAUAUGCCUCUGGUGUAGGUACAAAUAGUCAGGCUUUGGCAGAUUCUCGUAUUGCAGGUGCGGUGGUGCCGCCACAUAAUGGCAGUUCUGAUUUUAUUCCGAGGACAAGUCAGCAUCAUCAUAUUGAUCAAAGCCCGAUGACGCAGGCAGGAAUGCAAAGAGAAAAGAUCAGCAGCGAUAUGGAUGACAGAAAACCCCAAUACGUUACCUAUCCGUGGGUACCCCCUCCGAUUAAUACCAUUUAUUACCAAAACUAUUCGGGUUUGGACAUGGAUCUGGGUUGAAAGCAUAUCAUAUGAACUAUACUUGUACUAUGAGAAAGCAUAUGUUUAUUUUCCCUUUGAUAAUUAAGCAUUAUUUUCUAACUUUUAUUGUCUAAAUGUUUUGUAUGAUUUACGGUUUAGUGUCUAAAACAUCAAUUUUGGACUAUGAAAUUUGAAAUCCAUUCUUGAUGAUCUGGUUUCAUUUCUUGAUAUUUAUUAUCAUUUUUUUU